AUGAAGCCCGUGUAUGCCUUGACACUAUGUCUGGGCCUUUUCGAAGGCACUGACGCUAUCGCCCUUCCUGGCUUUGUCUCUCCAAAAAUUGGUUAUUCUACGCAAGUUACCCAAGAUGAGCCAAAGGCCGAUGCAGCCCCGGCCGCCAACUCAGGACCCAAGAAUUCAAUGCCUUUUGGAGCUUGGACGCCCAAGGUCGGACUAACGAAUUUACCUUCUGUUCGCAGGAGUGUUAAGACUGGAGAGACGUAUGGUUCUGAUGAUGUUGACGACGACGAUGUCGAGGAGGAGUCUGACGAUGAGCCCGAGGAAUCUGAUGCUCCUGAGGAUACUGAUUCCCCAGACUUCGAUGGUACUGAAGUGGCAUAUAUGGAGCCGAUGAUGGCUCCCACAUACGUCCGAACUGGCCCUCUCCCUAUCGACAUGCCAGAAUCCGCCCCGAAGACCAAAUCAUCCAAGAAAGUGGCCACCAACACAAAAUCAAGCAAGUCCAAGUCAGGAUCAAAGCCAAAGGAUGACACCGUCAAGACAGCCAAGCAUGGCAGUGAUGACGACUCUGAGUCAAGCUCUGGCUCAAGUGGAAAGAAGAAGCAGAAGGGAAAAACCAAGGACAAGAGUACCAGUUCUUCCAGUACUUCUGCUAGCACCACCUCCACGAGUGUUUCUGCAAAGCCAACCUCUGGCCGACACUCUGGUGACGAUGAUGGGGUCAAGUCGCGAACCAAGCCUGAGGACUCUUCUUCCACUUCAAGCCCUAAGCCCAAAGCACCCGAUGAUUCAUUCAAGGGCAAAGGUAAAGGCAAAGGCAAGCACACUGGCGAUGACGAUUCCACCAAGUCCACCUCCAAGAAGGGCUCAAAGGACGACACUGUCAAAGCCGAUGACUCAAAGUCCAAGUCCUCAAACACUGCCUCCAAGAAGUCGAGCAGCGCACCCCGUCACCCACGAGCCGUCACAACCCACCAGUCCGGCUCACCCUUCGACCCAAACAGCGCCAAGGGCGGCGGCAAGACCGGUCCCGGCUACUACAAGCCCUUCGAACCCCCCAAGCUAAACAAAGGCUACAUCCAAGCCGUUCCACCCAAGGCUAACGAGCGAAGCAACAAAUCCAGCUCCAAAGUUAAGCCCAAGCCCCAUUUGAGAACCAAGGUCGGUGAUUCCCUCUUCACCCCCUUCUCCCCCCUCCACAAAAGAGAACAGUUACUGAGUCUGAGAGCAGCUGCGCCGUUCGCAAGCGUGGCAAUAGACCGUGCCAAAUGGAGUGUGAAGUGCGAUAGCGUGCACGAGGGGGAUGGGUGCAAGAAUGCGAUUGAUGGGAAGGCGGAUACUAUGUGGCAUACGCAGUGGGAGGGGAGUGAGCCUGCGCCGCCUCAUAUGAUCACCUUGGAUAUGAAAAAGAUUUAUAAUGUGAAUGGAAUUUCUAUGCUUCCGAGACAAGACAGUUCGCAGAAUGGAUAUAUUGCCCAACAUCAGGUGUUCUUGAGCAAGGAUAAGAAGAAUUGGGGCUCGCCUGUUGCUUAUGGAACGUGGUAUGCGGAUUGGACGACCAAGUAUGCCAACUUUGAUACCCAGCCUGCUCGGUAUGUCAGGCUUGUUGCUAUCACUGAAGCCAACGGGAACCCGUGGACGAGUAUUGCUGAGCUCAAUGUCUUCCAAGCGAAUGACUAUGUGCCCCCUCAGCCGUCUACUUUGGGGGCUUGGGGACCGACCAUCAACUUUCCAGUCAUCCCAGUAGCCGGCACUGUCGAUCCUAGCACUAGUCAAGUUCUGAUCUGGUCAUCAUGGGCUCGUGAUACCAUGGAUGGAGGUCCAGGAGGUCUGACUCUGACCUCAACGUGGGAUCCAGCUACUGAUCUGGUGUCUGAGAGGGAGGUCACUGAGACAAAUCACGACAUGUUCUGCCCUGGCAUUUCACUCGAUGGCAACGGCCAACUUUUAGUGACAGGCGGCAACAACGCUGAACGCACAAGCGUUUUUGAUCCUGUCAAACAAGCUUGGAUCUCUGGUCCGGAUAUGCAAGUCGCUAGGGGAUACCAGUCUUCCGCGACAACCUCCACCGGCAAAGUUUUCACCAUCGGCGGAUCUUGGAGUGGCGGCCAGUCUUUCAAGAAUGGCGAAGUAUAUGAUCCCAAGAAGAAGACUUGGACCCUGCUCAACAAAGCCGACGUGCAAAAGAUGCUCACUGAUGAUGUCCAGGGCUUGUUCCGAUCCGAUAACCACGCUUGGUUGUUCGGUUGGAAGAAGGGGACAGUAUUCCAGGCCGGGCCUAGUACUGCGAUGAACUGGUACUAUACCGAUGGGAAAGAAGGAAAUGUCAAAAGUGCUGGACAGCGAGGGUCGGAUCGUGGCGUGGCUCCUGAUGCGAUGUGUGGUAAUGCUGUCAUGUUCGAUGCCGUCAGGGGGAAGAUUCUUACCAAUGGUGGAACUCCCGAUUAUCAAGACUCAGAUGCCACGACUGAUUCGCACAUCAUCACCAUUGGAAGUCCAGGUACCAAGUCCACCGUCUCAUACGCCAGUGAAGGUCUCUUCCACGCCCGCGUAUUCCACAGCUCAGUCGUUCUUCCCAACGGAAACGUCUUCAUCACAGGGGGUCAGCAGUAUGCCAUCCCCUUUGCUGAUACGACGCCCGUGCUGGAACCGGAGAUGUACCUCCCCGAUGAAGAUCGCUUCGUUCUUAUGAAGCCGAACAACAUCGUGAGGACAUAUCAUAGCAUUGCUCUUCUCCUUCCCGAUGGACGAGUCUUCAACGGCGGCGGAGGUCUCUGCGGUGGUUGCGACACGAACCACUUCGACGCACAACUAUACAGUCCUCCAUAUUUGUACGACUCUAAGGGCAAGCUAGCCACAAGGGCAAAGAUCAUCUCGGUGUCUGCCUCGACAGUAAAGGUCGGUGGAACAAUUACUGUCCAGACAAACGGCGCUAUUGCACAAGCUUCUCUCGUCCGAUACGGAACGGCGACGCAUACUGUCAACAGCGAUCAGCGUCGUGUUCCUUUGACGUUGGCAAAUGCUGGGAAGAAUACUUACUCAUUCCAAGUGCCGUCUGAUCCGGGCGUUGCGCUGCCCGGGUACUGGAUGUUGUUUGUCAUGGAUAAGAAUGGUGUACCAAGUAUUGCUUCGACAGUCAAGGUGACGGGUUGA